AUGGAUUAUUAUAAAAGAUCAGCGGUUUCCACAGUUCCCAAUGCAUCUGCCUUAAGAAUUGGUAUCAUAGGUCUAUCUGCAGGUAAAGGCUGGGCUGUUAAGACUCAUUAUCCAUCAAUUCUUCAAUUAUCAUCGCAAUUUCAAUUAACUGCUUUAUAUGAUAAGAAUAUCCAAACAGCCUUAGAUACGAUCCAAAAGUUAAAGUUAUCAAAUGCUACUGCAUUUCCAACAUUAGAAGGGUUUGCAGCUUCAACUAACGUUGACAUGAUAGUUAUUAGCAUACAAGCUGCUUAUCAUUUUGAUGUGUUAUUACCAUUGUUGGAAUAUUCUAAAAAAAAUCCAAAUCUUAAAUAUCUAUUUGUGGAGUGGGCUUUAGGUAGAUCUGUUGAAGAAGCAGAGACUAUUUAUAAGGCAGCAGCAGAUAGAGGUUUACAAACAAUUAUCUCUUUACAAGGUAGAAAGUCACCUUAUAUUUAUCGUGCCAAAGAAUUAGUAUCCCAAGGUUAUAUAGGUGACAUUAAUUCAAUUGAAGUUUCUGCAAAUGGCGGUUGGUAUGGUUAUGAAAGACCAUUAAAAUCACCUUCUUAUAUUUAUGAAUUUGGAAAUGGCGUAGAUUUAAUCACAACUACAUUUGGUCAUACAAUUGAUAUGCUACAAUUCGUUACGAGUUCAUAUUUUAGUAAAAUUAACGCAAUGGUUUUCAACAAUAUUCCUGAACAAGAAUUAAUUGGUGAUCAUGGAGUCAGAACUGGUAAAAAGGCCAAAAAGACAGCUCCUGACCAUUUAUUAUUUCAAGGUUCGUUAAUAAAUGGUAAUGUACCUGUUUCUUGUCAUUUUAAAGGUGGGAAGCCAACGAAGAAAUUUACUAAAAAUUUUAUUAUUGACAUCCAUGGCACAAAGGGUGAUAUUAAAUUAGAAGGUGAUGCAGGAUUUGCAGAAAUAUCCAAUUUAGUAUUAUAUUACAGUGGUAUUAGAGCAAAUGAUUUGCCAAUUGCGAAUGGUUAUGAAGUAUACGAUUCAAGUAAAGAAAUUACGGAAGUUUAUCAUUUAAAAAAUUAUAAUGCUGUUGUUGGUAAUAUAUUUCGUUUAUAUCAAUCUAUUGCAGACUUUCAUUUCAACACAAAACAAAUACCGAAUUUUCCUACUCAGUUUAUUAUGCAAGGAUUUUCUUUUCAAGGCUUUCCAACUCUAAUGGAUGCUCUUAUAUUACAGAGGUUAAUCGAUAAUGUACACAGAAGUAGUAUAUCAGGUGUUACCAUGGACGUCACAAACAUUAGCAAUUUUCCUUGA